AUGGUGGCUGAUUCCAAGGCCCAAAUGAACAAGUUUCUUUAUAGAGUGUCAAACUUGGUUAAAAUAGAAUGUAGGAAUGCUAUGUUGCUGGGAGAUAUGAGCCUCUCUAGGCUUAUGACUCAUGCUCAGCAGGUUGAGGGUGAUAAGCUUAAGGAACAUGCCAAGGAGAAAAAGAAGUCUAGAACUGGGAUUUAUGACUAUUCUCACCAGAAAACGGGUGGUGGAAAUCGCCCACAGGGUCAACAAAAAUUUUCAACUCCAGCACCUUCAUCAGCUAGUGGUCAAAGAGGCAAUGCUAAUCGAGCCCAGUCUACAACUUUAGUAGCACCAACAGGUCGCCCGACUCAGCAGGGUAACACUUCUGGUACAGGUGGCAGACAACGCCAAAACAAGCUCUAUUCUCUUCAAGCUUUCUAG